AUGGAAUCUCCAAACUCUGAUCCGGAGAAGCCAUCCCCUGUCGGCUCAAAUGAAGAGCCAGAAGCAUCUCUGACUUGGGAUGAUUCACGCGAAACGAGAAAUCCUAUCCACUGGAGCACUCCGAGAAGAGUCUUUCACACCGUUAUACCAUGUUGUGCAGCGUUUGAAGCCACUUUCGCGACAUCUAUCAUCGUUCCAGCGACGCCAAUGUUGAUGCAGGAAUUUGGCAUUCCACGUACACAAGCACUUUUGUCUUUGACCCUCUACACAAUGGGUAUCGCAAUUGGACCAUUGUUUAUCGCACCUUUGUCGGAAGUCUUUGGCAGAAAAUAUGUUUACGUCGCUUCGCUCACCAUGCUACUGGCUUUUACAGGGGGUGCUGGAGCUGCUCAAAGUUUCGGUACAUUACUCGCCUGCCGUUCGCUUGCCGGUAUUCUCGGAUCUUCCACGGUCGCUAUCGGUGCUGGCACGAUCGCAGAUGUCUGGGCUCUGGGAAAGAGUGGUGGAACAGCAUCUUUAUUCUUUAUCCUUGGACCUUUUCUCGGACCAACCCUUGGCCCACUUGCGGGUGCUUAUAUAUUACAUGACCGCAACGAUGACUGGAGAUGGACCAUGUGGCUAUUGAUGAUCGUAGGGGCGCCCAUCUGGAUUGGAUCUAUCAUCAUGAGCGAGACUUCACACACCAUCCUUACGCAAAGACAUGGCUAUGUUCAAGAGCUGGCGAAUGGAAAAGGCUUGUUCGCUGCGGCAGCCGAAAAGGUUCUGAUUGGAAUCAAGCGUCCGACAAAAAUGCUAUGUACAGAGCCCAUUGUCAUAUCACUCUCACUCUACACCGCAUUCGCCUACGCUACAGUGUUCAGCUACUUUGGAAGUGCCUCGUACGUUCUGCAAAGGUAUUAUCACUUCAACACCCGCGAAGUAGGCCUGAGCUUCAUCAGUGUCAUCAUUGGUUACCUUCUGGCCGCCCUAAUGUUUGGCACUUUUGACAAGACCCUCUUCGCAAAGGCAGUAGCAGCUGGUAAUGGUACUGCUGCACCAGAGCAUCGAUUGUACGCUGGUAUGGUAGGCAGCAUCUUCUUACCAAUCAGUCUUUUCUGGUAUGCGUGGGAAGUCAAAAUGAAUGGCAAUUGGGCAGCUCUCGUUGCCGCUGGUAUACCAUUUGGUCUCGGCUCAUUCUCCAUCUUCCUGUCUUCGAUCACAUACAUGGUUGAUGUAUACAAAGCCAGAGCUGCAGCUUCAGCGAUCGCAGCAAAUGGUGUUUUGCGAUAUCUUCUUGGUGCAGUGUUUCCACUUUUCACCAUUCAGAUGUACCAGUCACUUGGCCCCCAUUGGGCGAGUAGCAUCUUCGCCUUCAUUGCUGUCUUGCUCAUGCCAAUCCCUUGGCUUUUGUUCAAGUUUGGUCACAAGUUGCGAUGA